AUGACAGGCACACCAGUGGAGGAAUCCCUCUUCCAAAUCAUCCACUGUUACCACCAGUAUGCAGCCCGGGAGGGAGACGUGGAGACCCUCUCCCUGGAGGAGUUGAAGGCUCUGCUUAUGGACAAUGUACCCCGCUUCAUGGAGAGCCUGGGCCGGAAGGAGCCCUACUACAUCUCGGAGUUGUUCCGGGCUGCAGACAGGAACAAGGACAACCAGAUCUGCUUUGAUGAGUUCCUCUUCGUCCUGGGCCGUCUGGUGAGGGACUACCACCUGCACUACCACCGGCAGCAGUGUGCCCACUACUGUGCCCAGCACAGUCUCCACUAG